ACGCAACUCCUCCGCAGUCCCUUCCUCUCCCUGACAGCUCUUCCUCCCCGGGACUGUCUUCCCUCUACCCCGCCCCCGAAGCCCCAUCCCCUUCUUGACAGCUCCUCAUUCCCCAUCUCCUGGCCUGGCCCCUCCUCUCCCUGGCUGCUCUUCCUUCCUCGGCCCCUCCUCUUCCCUUCCCUCGUUUUAACAAUUUUCCUUCAGGACCCCAGCCCUUCCCCUGCUAGUCAUCCCUUCUUCCCUCAACUCCUCCUUUGCCCUUCCCUCCUUGACCAAACAUCAUUUCCUGCUUACUUUCUUGAUAGCUCUUCCCCCAAACCUCCGUGGCUCUGCUCCCCUUCCCCAUUACCUUGCUUCCUUUCUCCCCCCACCGCUCUGCUCCCCUCCCCCUCCAGCCCUUCCCCACUUCCUCCUCUGGAAGCCCUUACUUACUUUCCAAAAGGACACUUCCUUGACCUCCGAGACAUAGUCCCUUUUUUCCCUAUCUUGGAGGACCCGAAGCCUGUCCCUUCCUCAUUCCUUACUUCUCCCUGGCUGGCAGGCCUUCUCCCUACAUAAGACUCGCACACUAAAUCAACGACAGCUUAUCAGACGACAGAACUUCUUCCCAGUAAAUAACUCUGUACUCUCUCUAUUUUACCCGCACCUAAAUGACAGACUUUACGUCCUCCAGGAAUAGUAGUCCCUUGCACCAAAAUCCCCUUCGUUUUGUGAACUAUUAUUUUAAUUGUAGAACUUUACCUUCUAAGGAACGUGUCACCUUUUAACCAUCUACCUUUAUAGCAUUUGGUUUGUCAAGAUUUCAAAGACCUAGAAGACAGGGUCAGCUGUGCUGGUCAUGCCAGUUCCAACAGAAGGGGCCCCUCCACCCCUGAGUGGUACUCCUGUGCCUGUUCCUGCAUACUUUCGUCAUGCUGAGCCUGGCUUCUCACUUAAGAGGCCUGGGGGCCUGAAUCGAAGCCUCCCCCCAAGGCCCCCUGCCAAGGGGAGUGGUUCUGUCAGUCGUUUCUUUCCCCCUCGUACCCCAGGCUGGAGCCAACCCCGACCCAGAGGAGUUUCAUUCCGGGGUGGGCCCCCAGGAGCAUUGCAGAGCCGUGGCUAUGAUCCAGACCGGCCUGAGUCUUUCUUCCAGCAGAGUUUCCAGAGGCUUGGGAGAUUGGGACGGGGUUCCUUUGGGGAGGUCUUCAAGGUUCGCUCCAAGGAAGAUGGCCGUCUCUAUGCUGUGAAACGUUCAGUCUCCCCAUUCCGGGGUCCUCAGGACCGGGCCCUCAAGUUGGCAGAAGUUGGGGGUCAUGAAAAAGUGGGGCGGCAUCCCCGUUGUGUACGUCUGGAGAGAGCUUGGGAAGAGGGUGGGCUCCUGUAUUUGCAGACAGAGCUGUGUGGGCCCAAUCUACAACAACACUGUGAGGCUCGGGGGUCUGGCCUACCUGAGGCCCAGGUUUGGGGUUAUCUUCGGGACACAUUACUGGCCUUGGCACACCUACACAGCCAUGGACUGGCACACUUGGACGUCAAGCCAGCUAACAUCUUCUUGGGGCCUCGAGGCCGCUGCAAGUUGGGAGACUUUGGACUGUUGGUGGAGCUGGGGACUGCUGGGCCUGGUGAGGCCCAAGAGGGUGAUCCCCGUUAUAUGGCUCCUGAGCUGCUACAAGGUUGCUAUGGGACAGCUGCAGACGUGUUCAGCUUGGGCCUUACCAUUCUGGAAGUCGCCUGCAACAUGGAGCUGCCCCGUGGUGGGGAGGGCUGGCAGCAACUCCGGAGAGGCUAUCUGCCCCCUGAAUUCACUGCUGGCCUGUCCUCCGAGCUGCGCUCUGUCCUUAUCAUGAUGCUAGAACCAGACCCCAAGAAGCGUGCCACAGCUGAAUCCCUGCUGGCCCUGGAGGUCAUAAGGAAGCUGAGGCACUGGGGGCCCCUGGAAGGCAUGGUCAAUGAGGUCCUGAGUCGAGGUCGAGCCUUGUGGCAAAGUUUCCUUUCUCUGCUAUGCUGGCUAUGGCACACCUUGGCUCACCCGGCCAGCUGGCUCCGCCCCUUGGGCCCUCCAGCCACGCCCCCCAGCUCCCCACUCUCCAGCCUCCUUCUAGACAGCAGCAUCUCCAGUGACUGGGAGGAUGACAGCUUGGGCCCCCCACUGUCUCCAGCAAUGAUCCUAGCCCGCUCCCCUGGGGGUACUUCUACCCCUCGAAAUGGUUCCCCUGAUGUCAGAGGUGGACGGAGAAUAAGGGACCCCCUGGACUUAAGUGGCAUCAGCCCGGAGCUGCCCCAGGGUCCUUCCUUUGAGCCCCGAAACCUCCUCAGCCUCUUUGAGGACUCACUUGACCCCAACUGAGCCCCAACCAAACCCUAGUCUGUUUUUAAUCUUUUUAUCCUUAUUCCUUACUCCAGGGCUCUCUUUACUUUUGGGGGCACUUCUGUAUAUAGGUCUAUGCUUUCCAAAGUUUGGGGAGGGGGGCAGUUUUCUCUUCUAGGAUCCCUUCUGUAAAUUUUGGAAAUGGCAUAGUCAAAUAAAAACUAUUUGAAUCUU